AUGCUUCAAAUGUUGUUUAGACUACAUGAUCCAGUCAAUAAAUCAACAAACUUACCCUCUUAUAGAAAGGAAGGAACAAAAAUGGAGCAUAGUCAGUCAGUCACAUUUAGCCAAUUAACCCAAGACCACAUUGCUAGAUUAAAAGAUGCAUUCCAAAUGAUCGACGGGAACGGUGAUGGAGAAAUUUCUCAACAAGAUUUAAGCAAGAUACAUCAAAAUAUAGGGAAAUCCAUUUCUGAAGAUGAACUUAAAAAGAUGCUAGGGAAGACAGAGGAGUCAACCAGUGCAACUAUCAGCUUUCCUGAGUUCUUAGCCAUAAUGUGUGAAACAAUGGGAGAGUUUCCUGAAGAGGCAGAACUUAUACGAUGUUUAAAAACUUUGAGUAAUAAUGAAGAAAGUGAACUGGAGGUAAGCAUGAAUGAACUUAUUUCUCAUUUAAAGGAUGCGGGAUUUGAAAAUGCUGAACAAGAAUUCGAGAAAGUGUUCAAGACGUUCAGUGCCAAUCAACAGACAACUGGAGAUAAAAUAUUCAAAGGUAAACAAUUCUUGGAUACAGUAAUGGAUUGA